GCGCCCGCCGCCGGCGCGGCCCCGGGCCCGAGGCGCCGGAGAAGCCGGGGAGGAGGGGCGGCCGGUCCCGGUCCCUCGUGUCAGGAGCAGGCGGAGCCAGGCUGCCCGGACAUAAGGGACGUUGUUGUGUGAUAGAAUGGAUGAACAAUCACAAGGGAUGCAGGGGCCUACUGCUCCACCAUUUCAGCCACAGAAAGCCUUACGACCUGACAUGGGCUAUAAUACACUUGCCAAUUUCCGAAUAGAGAAGAAGAUUGGCCGUGGGCAGUUCAGUGAAGUUUACAGAGCAACUUGCCUGCUGGAUGGGGUACCAGUGGCUCUGAAGAAGGUUCAGAUAUUUGAUUUAAUGGAUGCCAAAGCCCGUGCUGACUGCAUCAAAGAAAUAGAUCUUCUUAAGCAACUGAAUCAUCCAAAUGUAAUCAAGUAUUAUGCCUCAUUCAUUGAAGACAAUGAACUGAACAUAGUGUUGGAAUUAGCAGAUGCUGGAGAUCUCUCUAGAAUGAUAAAGCAUUUUAAGAAACAGAAGAGGUUGAUUCCUGAAAGAACAGUUUGGAAGUACUUUGUUCAGCUUUGCAGUGCCUUGGAACAUAUGCAUUCUCGUCGUGUUAUGCAUAGAGAUAUAAAGCCAGCAAAUGUGUUCAUUACAGCUACAGGAGUAGUAAAGCUUGGAGACCUUGGACUUGGUCGAUUUUUCAGCUCCAAAACCACAGCUGCACAUUCUUUAGUUGGUACACCUUAUUAUAUGUCUCCAGAGAGAAUACAUGAAAAUGGUUACAACUUCAAGUCUGACAUCUGGUCUCUAGGCUGUCUGCUGUAUGAGAUGGCUGCACUGCAGAGUCCCUUUUAUGGUGAUAAAAUGAACUUGUACUCCCUGUGCAAGAAGAUAGAACAGUGUGACUACCCACCUCUCCCUUCAGAUCACUAUUCAGAGGAACUGCGACAAUUAGUUAAUAUGUGCAUCAACCCGGAUCCGGAGAAGCGCCCAGACAUCACCUACGUGUACGAUGUAGCGAAACGUAUGCACGCACACACUGCCAGCAGCUAAGCAGCCUCAGAGCCGGAGCAAGGAGCAGCAACAACCAAGUGCUUUAAAUAAAUCAUCCCACCUCUCCGUGUGUGGUACACAAAUGUAAUUAUUUGAAGCCUACUGUUGUGCUUUGAAUUGUAAACCAAUCUAUAUACAAGCUUUGUUGUUUUCUGUUUAUUCCUGGGUUUUGUAUUUUUUACUAACUUGCAGUUGUACAACAGGUUUAAAUAUGUAAAGCUUAAUUUUAAGAUGCCAUGAACUGCUGUUUCCAUGUUAGUGGGUUCAAGUAUACUUCUGUAAUAACAAAAUUGUAUUCAGUUGGGCCUCAGUUCUAAAACACAGUUGCACUUUUGCACAUGAUACAGAUAUUAGGCUUGUUAUCAAGAAGCAAAAUGUCUGGAUCUCUCACCUUUUUAGUAAUUUAUGGAAAGUAUGAAUCAGCACAGUUUAUUUUAAUCUUUCUUCCAAAAGGAACAUAAUUAUUACAGGAGCUUAUUGUAUUUUAUAUUGAAUCGUAGUUCGCAGUUCCUGCUGUAAGAGUAGACAAGUGAUAGAAUUAGUUCUCUGCUUGCCAAAUGCAGUGGAAAAAUAGUUUCAGGAAAAAUUGUCAUGAUUAAAUUUUUGUAACAUCCCUUUUUGUUUUGUUAUUCUCUCAUAAUACACAUAAAACAUUUGCUGGAGGUUUUCUGGGAAAAUUUAAGGUGUUGAUUCAGCAAUCGGGUAGUUUUCAAUAGACUUGUGCAGCACUGCCCUGGGGCAAUGGGAGUCUGCAUAGUUCAGUCUUAAAACUAUGCAGAUGCUUCUUGUAGCAAAUAGGUUCUUUUGAGGCUGUCAUUUGAGCAGGUCUGAUUAAAAGAUGUGAGCUUUAAGUUACAACUUCCCAACUCUUUGUGUAUAUGUCACUGUUUGUAGAUUUUUGUGUUUAAAAUAAUUUGAGUGACCUUACAGUAUAUUUAAAUUUUAAUUUUUUUUUUCUAAAUACAGAAAUCUUUUGGCAAAGAUAUAAUAGUCUAGUAUAACACAGACUGUAUUCUACGUAAAGAUACGAUUUUUGUAUUCUGUAUCCUGAGACUUAGUUUUAUAUUUAGCAGAAGUAAAUUAUGGCUUUUAUGUUUAAGAGAAAGUUGCCACGCCUUAAUUUGGGAAAUAAUUAAUAUACACAAACUGUCUUACAGAUACUUUAUUAGUUGAAAAGGAAAUGCUGAAUAUUUUUGUUAUACCUUAGUGCCUUUUGGGAUAUGCUUAUAUAAUAUUUUCAUUGUUAAGGAAGGAAUGUGUGUUGUUUUUAAAUGUGGUAAAAAUGGAGAGUGAAAUGAAAUUUCUUGAGUUUCAAGACUGAACUUUUUUUACAGAACUGUCAAAACGUAAUUAUUAUCAGUGAUAGUAGCUAAGGAGCUGUUACUGUCAGUUAAGUCUUUUUCUUUAUGUGAGUAAAAAGUUAGUUGAAAUAAAAGCAGCAGUAUGUACAUACACAUAUAGGUUCUAGAUGCAGUCACAUCCCUGCAUGCUCAGAUUUUUUUUUUUUGCUUGUUUGUUUUUCUGUGCAGCUGUAAUUUUUAUUUGAUAUAAGUCUCAAAGAGUAAAAAUCCAUCUGUGGAGUUUGUGUUCAAGGCAGGUCAGGGUUGUUUUCAGUUUUGUAUUUUUUAGAACUACAAAUACUAUGAAAAUUGUGUUUGGUAAAAAAAUGGGAGUUUCUAAAUGGUAUAUGUGCCAGAUCACCAGCUUAUCUUAAUACAUUUUUUUUAAAUUUUUGCUUCCAGAUCCUGUAGGACAAAUUCUAUGAAACCGUAGUUUUCCUUCCCACUUCUGUGUGCACUUAAUCUUAUAGGACUUCAGUGGAACAAUUUGUUGGAAAGAAGUAUUUGAGAAACUUUGGUUUGUGUUUAGCAACCUCCAUAGAUUUGUUUUCAUUUAUUAAAUGGUUAUAUAAUUUAAAACAUGAUUGUUAUAUUCUAUAAAAAUGUUUCAUAUGUCAUAGAAUGAAAUUUUUGUAUUGGAAAAGGCAGCACAAUAUUUGCUUGACUGCCAGAAUUAGCUCUAAAUAUGCACAAGUACUCAAUUUUUUUUCUGAAAUGUGCUGGAACAUUUAAAAAUCACUGAAACACCCCCACAAACCCUAUGCAGGCUGUUUGUAUCUAAUAUUAUGCAUAAAGUAUUGAAUGUUUUCUGAAAGAAACUGCUGAUAGAAAUCCCUCCCCUGGAAGGGAAUGUUGAGUAAAAGAAUCAUGAGUUAAGAGUUAGCAACUGAGCAUACUUAAGCGUUUAAGUUUUUUUAGCAGUGUGAGGGUUUUUUUAGUAUUUAUGAUUAAAUCUUGUGCUGAGAAAAAGAAAUAGUGGUUCCUGAUUUAAAAUCUGUGGAAUGAAUGGUGCAGAUAACUCUGGUACCAAACUCUGUAAUUAAAAAGCCAAUGUGGGUUAAUAGAAUUUGCGUACAUAUGUGGGGAUUGUAGAAUCUCUCCCUAAAGUAAAGUACCUGGUAACAUACAAAAAUGAUAAGUCUGUUAUAACACUCCAGUGUAUGCUAUGUGCUUAUAAAAUAUUUUCUUUAUAAACCACCAUUCAAUUUUUCCUAUGUUGAUGAUGACAUUUAGCACUAUUUGUUUUAAGCUACGGCAUUAUGUGUUUAUUUGCUUUAAAGAGAACAUGUUACAUUUCUACCCCAAAUGUACCCAAAUGGCUCCUCCUUUUAUCUCAGUAAUGCUCCAGUAUUAACUUGAGUCAGGAGUGAACUUUGUGCUUUACAUUGCAUAAAACCUCCUUUGUCUUGAAAGCUCCCCUGCUGUUCAGUAGUCCAGUAGAAAUAAAACAUACAGAUAUUAAAUAUAAUGUAAAAAUUAUAUUGCAUCUAUGAUAUUUUUUCAAACUUUUCCUUUUUAGAGAGAGAGAGAUAGAUUACAAUAGAUGCUACCUAUCUUGUGGACAACUUACUGCUUCCAGUAGUUGAUUCUAGGUGAGAUUUCUUGACUGUAACAAAAGACAGUACAUUAAAAAAAAAUUAUUUUUGCAUUAUUUAUUAAAGAAUUAUCUAAAAUACUACAUCCAAUACAUUGUGUGUUUUAAACUAAGAUUUAAAACUAAAUUUAAAAUUAUUUUCAAGCCAUAUGAGAAGAUGUGAUAAAGCAUAAAAAUAACAAAGAGCUCCCAUUAUGGCCCCGGUCCUGUGAGCUCUUGUUUAUAUUUAGGCUGGUUUUUCUGUAAUUUCAGUAAUUUUGAGUGAACCACAUCUACACACACGAAUAAACAGUAAUCAGUAGGGCAGAUAGAAAUGAUGUGCUCAGCUCACUUCUUGUACUCUCUGCAUGUCACUGGUUUGGUAGCAGGGAAUAAUGUGGGUUUUUUCCCUGUUCUGUUGCACUCCUAAUGAUCCAGCUCCCAAAUGUAUGAGCAGGCAAUAGAAGUGUGUUGUCUUUUUGUAAUGAGCAGAAACUUUAAAAACAUGCCAGUAUAGCAGAAGAUGAAAUGCAGUAUUAGAAGUGUCUGAGAAGGCUGGUGUUUUAUUCAUGCUCAUGAUUAAGAAAGCCGUAGAGUGAAAUUCUUGACAGAGGCUUGGAAAUGGAGAAGAACUUUUAUGCCAGUGGUUCUCAGAUACCUCUGAAUGGGACCCAAAAUCGCAGUGAUGUUUGUUUGAAGCAAUCUGUUUGCUUAAUCUCUUCUCUUUGCUAUUAUGCAGAGUGGUGAGAAUCUUAACAGCUGACUUGAAUGCUGGUGAAUGCUGCAUUGGCUGUGUGAGCUGGUAGGAACAGGAGGUGAUGUGAGGGAGAGUCAGUGAAGGCCUUCAGGUCUUGUUUUGUGAAGACAUAAAGGUCUGGAUGGCAGAGGUCAAAUCACUGUUUUUCCAUAAGUUUUAGUAGUGUUUAAUAGUCUUUAUCUACUUCAACAGUCAACAUUUUCCCUACUCAGCUGUAUCCCCACAUUAUCUAACCAGUGUCAGUGUUGGUCUUACGAAUUUCUGGUCUCUGGCUUGGUCUGGAUGAGUAAAUCUUUCUGGCAAGGAGGGAAAUAGAGGUGCCAACCCUGCCUCGUGGGGUGCUACUUAUGUUUCUGAACAUGACUCAACUAUAGAUGUUUAGGGUUGUUUUUCAAACUUUAUUCUGUUCUCUGAACCUUUAUGCCCUUCUCUGGUGCUUUUAAAAAAGUGUUUUCCAUUCCUAUUCACUGCUAAAGUUCUAUGACUGCUGUUUUCUGCUUCUGCCUUGUCAGUCCUGUUGUUAGCCCUACCCUCUUCCUGAUUUGAAGUCCUCUGUGUCUAGUUUUCCUAGUGGUCAUUAGUUUGCAUCUUUCUUUGUGACUUUGCUAAAAUCAACCCAUUUUUAUCUUCUCAAAUUUUAUCCCUCCCCAUGGGCAAGCCCAGUUCUUCUCCCCUGAUCAGUACUUAACUCCAUUGUUCUUCAUUCUGUUUUUCCAGCCCAAUGCCUGCGAUUUCUCAUUUUAGACGGAUUUUCUCACUGCUUCAAUCAUUCCCAUGACCUUGUCUUUACUAAAUACUGUUCACUUUAUUAUCUCUCAUUUCUAAAUUCCCUUUCUCUGAUCACUACCUGCUCUGUUUCAGCUUAUCUGUCUUUCUCUCUCCUCUACCCUGUCACUCACUCCUUUUGGGAUCUCCAGUCUAUUAACCUUUUUGACUCCCUCAUCUUUACCGCUGCCUCCUUCCUUCACUGGCCUCACUUCUUUUGACUCACUGGUCUCUAUUUUUAUCUGUCUGCUUCUCUGUACAUGGUUUCUUUGGCUGCUUCUCACAUUGCCCUGUCUCCAUUCCUCCCUUCAGACAUAUUCUCUUGUAAUUUCUUAAUUUCCAUUCCAGCCUUUCUGAAUGUCUGAAGAGUGUGUCAGCACAACACAGCUUCAGAUUCAGCUUUGCCUUACCUGCUUUAGUCCUCUUCCCAAAUGGACUUUUUAACCACUUUUAUCUCACCUUUUUUUUUUUCCUUGUUGAGCUUGCUUGAAGAUUUGCUGUUCAUUUUAGUUCUCCAUUCAUUCUUGAUACAAAAUCUUCAAUCCUGAUUUUUUUGCCUGACAAGAUCCUCUUCAAAGUUGUUUUUUAUUCUCAGGAUCUGUUUCUGAACUGCGCUUUUCUGUCCCUUAACUAUACACAUUUUUCCAUUUUUAUUUCUGUAUCUUUUAUGCCUCAUUCUUUUCCUUGAAUUACUUCUUCCUUCACUAGCAACCAAGUUUCUCUUUCAUCUGUCUUUAAGGGGGUGGCACCCAUCAUCCUCACUGUUUCUGGUUUUUAGUACUUUGCCCUUUUUUCCUCCCUCUCAUCUAAUUUCAUUUUCCUGAACACCCUCUUGCCAGUUUGUUUUUGGAUUUUUUUAUGUUACACUUUAUUUCAAUGCCCCAAAAAUCCAGUGCUUCUCCCCCCUAGUCCAGUUCUCCCAUGGUUCUAUCUCCAGAUUAUUCCUUUAGUAUCCAGCCAGCCUCAGACCUGUUCAGAUUCAAAGAUAUAAUUUUUUAUUUCUGACUCCCUCUCGACUAUUUUCUAACAUCUGUGACAAUUUUGCUUGCCUGUUUUCCAAGGCCACAACCUUUCUAUCUCUGACACUUCUCCCAUGCCUGCGUAUCAAGUGUCUCAGAGUUAGAUGUACCAGAAUCCAGCCCUCUUCACUAUCUGUUCUUUCUUAUCUUUUAUCUUCACUGAUUUAACCUCUAUGUCAUUUUGACUUCUUUUCUCCCUUCAAAGUACCAAAACUGACGGGACUAAACUGUCACUGGGCUUUCACUGUUUUGUGUGCUGAAGAAGGAACUCCACGAAAUUACUACUUGUUUUGUGUUUUAAAGAGACCUGAAUCCCACAAAUCUGGUCUUAUUUCAGUACUGUAGAGUUGGAAAAGGUUGUUUCUCCAAGUACUUCGAAAGUCCUUGAAUUUGGGCCUUGUGUUUUCUGUCAUUUCAGAUAAAGAGAUGUUUCCCUUAAUUGCUUUGUAUUUCUGUGUAACUGUCUUGUCUUGUUCCUGCACGUACAGCUAACGGUUGUUUUCUUAUGAUAGCAACUUGAUUUCAGUGCUUUUAAUUAUUGCUUGAAAUAAGAACGUGACUAAGAGCUUCCCUGGCUGGACCCAGUGUUGGGCACAAUGCUUCCCUCUGUUCCUGUGCCACCCAGACUCUCCAGGUGUAGGACUGAGCUCAGUACUCUGCUGCUUCUCUACCCAUGCUGCCCUAAUACAAAGCCAAACCAAGCCUGCCUCUGUGGUGGGUGCAUGAUCUGACUUCACACUUCCAGCAGGCUUUCAGAGGUGGAAGGUUGUGUGUUUGCAGAGAUUCACUGUUGGUCAAAUUGUCUGACCUUUGACUGUUCAUAGUUAUCCUCAGUUAUGUUGAGAUGGAGAAACAAAAAUCUCUGUAAAACUGCGAAGUUUGGUGUUUUGGAACUGGGGGGUGUAGAGCUGAAUGUUGGACUUGGUGUGGUUAUACACACAUUUAUUGACUUUUUAUUUGCACCAGAGUAAUUAUUUUGUUUUAGAGGAUCAGUUGUUUGCUGGCACAAAAAAAAUUUCUAGUACUUUUCAGGUUUUAUAUUUAUUCCUUGUUGCUUGUUUGUAUCACAUUAUGCAGCUAGUUCUUCUACUGCUUCCUCUGUGAUGGGUGUAGGCCUUACAUCGUUUGUCUAAUUGCAAUUUUCUGUCAUACGGAAUUAAAAAUAUGAAAUUACAGGUACAUUCAGUCUUUCCUGCUAGUUCCACUUGCUUUUCAUUUAAACCCUAGCAAUAGAAAGAGGUCUCAAGCAGGAAGAUAAAACAGAUGUUUUGGGGUUCCUUACUUCUUUUCCAGCUCCCAGCCCCUCGUUCUCUGGCUUCCCUGAGACACUUGCAGGGAAUAUAGCACUGCCAGUGUAUCGAGGGCCAAUAGAAACUUUCUCAGUGUGGACAGGAAAUCUCCCAGUUCAAAAUGACUAGAAAUAUAUUUGGUAUUGCUAUACAGCAGGUAAUUGCAAAUGUGUAAAGAACAAUUUAAAAAAAUCUGCUGUUAUGAAAAGAAUUUUAAAUCACACAAAGGCCUUUUGUUGUGGUGUUGGUAUUCUUCUGUACUCUCAAUUUGCUGUUUGUUUCUUUGAUUUCAGUCAUGCUGGACUGUUGUAAAGAUGAUCAUUAAAGAUGAGUAUUGUUUUUCUGUUGGGAGCGAGGAAAACAGGAGGCAUUCACUGAUUUGUUUGGAUUUGGCUGCUGAUCGUGCUUGAAGCAAAUUUUAUAAUCAUUCAGAUUGGAAAGGACCUUGAGAGAAGUCUCUAGUCCACCUUCCUGCUGAGAGCAGGGUCAGUGCUGAGUUCAGAGCAGAGCUUAGGGCUUCAGCAAGAUUUAGGAUACCUGUGGGAAGGGCGCUUGUGCCGCUUCUGUGGGCAGCCUGCUCCAGUGCCUCACUGUAAACCUUGUUUGCCUUGCGUGCAGUCAGAAACUCCUCAGUUACAAGUUACGGGCCAUUCUUUGUUCUUCUGCCACUCCUCAAAUGUUCUUUAUAUUGCAGAAAAGGUAAGUCAGGUGUUGGGACAAAGAGAGAAGUUAGGAUGUUUUAUUUUUUGAAAACUUGUUGUUGCUAACAAAUAUGUUCAUGUAGUACUUCUGCAUCCUGUAUGACGUGUACACCGUAUUCGUUUGCAACUCGAGUGUAAAAUAAAACUUUUGGCAGUAAAACUUGA